AUGCGAAGUGCCUUUAUAAAUACCAGUGAGCUAGACAAUACAACUGCAGCAAUAAUCCAAGAAAUGCUUCGGUUGGCUGAAUUUUGGUUUAAUAUGGAGGAAAAAAAUGCGGUAGAUGUGGCGCUUGGUGUACGUUACCUUCCGGCAAUGCAUUCCACCACACUUCUUUGGCAUUUAGCCGAUUUUGUAUGUGAUGAGCUCAAAAUUGGCUUUAUGAUAAUGUUAGCUGGAAGUUCUCCCGUAUCGUUUGGUCUUUAUAGUUCAUUGGCAAAACGAGUUAAAAUACCAUUGAUCGAUUGGGAGACUUCCGAUUUGAGCUCUGAUUCGGCAUCGCCCUUUACAGCAUCCGUAAGGCCUCCAGCUGAUGAGCUGUUGGUGGAUUACAUCAAAAUUAAGCAAUGGCAUGAGAUUGUUUAUUUACAUGAUGGUGCUAAUGCGGAACGAAGCCUUACUGCAAUAUAUAAGUAUUUGGGAAAAAGUAAUCCAAUUUAUUCUCUACAAAUUGAUAGCUAUCGCAUUCCGGAAGAUGAGGAGUACUUUCGAGAAUUUCUCAAUAAUUUUCAUAUGCAAAAUUUUAACUUUAUUGAUUCAAGAUCCCUGAAUGUUGUGGUGGAUAUUUCGAAUAGUUAUCGCAUCCGAACAUUUUUGCAGUCAUUGAAAGAGAGCAUACUUAUCAAAAAGCAAUAUAAUUAUGUGUUUGCUAAUUUUGAAUUGGAUGAAAAUGAUUUGGAUGCUUUCCAUUAUACUCUUAUCAACAUUACAGCUUUUUUAAUGUGUAAUAGAUAUAAUCAACGUUUAAACAAGGAAAGAAAAAUGUAUGUGCACCAUUACGGCAAUCGUUCAAUCAUAGAUGAUAUACCAAUACCUAUGAGUGCACUGUUUGCACAUGAUGCACUGCUUGUAGCGAGUAAUGCGAUUAAUAUUGUUUUGAAAAAGUAUGGCCGUGAUUUAUUUGUUAAUGCAUUCAGUCAAAAUCAAUUGUAUAAUGCUGGUCAACCAGGAAUUCAGUGCAGACAUGAUUCACAGCAUGCUACCUCAUAUUUAAUGCCAUUUGAAUUUGGUGAUAAAAUUAUCGAAGCCAUCAAAGAGGUAAAAUUAGACGAAGCUGAUGGAACACUUACCGGACAAAUACAAUUCACCAAAUCGUUAAGUCGAACAAAUUUUUCAGCGAAAGUAGUCGAGAUUAAUCCAAGCGGAAGAAGCCUAUACAGUGUUCGAAAUAUGUAUGAUUGGAGACAAGGUGUGGGGUUUAUAAUGAAUACAGAAAGUAAGCCAAAUUUACUGAAAGAAGAAACUAUCACUCAUUUACAUCAUCGAUCUAAUAAACUACGUAUUGUAACGGUUCUGGUGAAACCAUUCGUAAUGCUAAAACGAACGGUUCGUGGAGAGCCGGCUUAUAUUGGUAAUGAUCGUUUCGAAGGAUACUGUAUUGAUUUAAUCAAAUUAUUAGCAAUGAACAUUAGCGGUUUUGAUUCUUAUGAAAUAUUCAUUGCUGAGGGAAAUAAAUAUGGACAACGUCAGGAUGAUGGUUCUUGGGAUGGAAUGAUCGGAUAUUUACUUAAUGAGGCAUGUCUUAACAUUCUUGAAGAUGAAACGUUGAAAAUGAAAAUUACAGCAGAUGUCGCCGUAGCACCGCUGACUAUCAAUCAAGCACGCGAACGUGUCGUUGAUUUUUCGAAACCAUUUAUGACUACCGGAAUCAGUAUUAUGAUCAAGAAACCGGAAAAGCAAGAAUUCAAUGUUUUCUCUUUCAUGCAACCUUUAGGAACAAAUAUUUGGUUUCUCAUACUAUGCUCAUAUGCUGGCGUAUCACUUACCAUAUUUCUAAUCAGCUCCUUUAGUCCAUACGAAACACGUACAGAAGCAGAAUUAUCGACGGAACUUUCUCUUUACAACAGUUUAUGGUUUACUUUGUCAUCAUUUAUGCAGCAAGGUACUGAUAUACUACCAAGAGCACCAUCUGGACGGAUUGCUAGCAGUGCAUGGUGGUUUUUCACGCUUAUUAUUGUUUCCUCAUAUACUGCAAACUUAGCAGCAUUCUUGACCUUAGAGAAAAUGACCCCACCAAUUGAAUCGGUCGAUGAUUUAGCUGCUCAAAAAAGAAUCCUUUAUGGAAUCGUUAAAGGUGGUUCAACAGAGGAAUUCUUUAAGGAAUCAGCAGUACCAGUUUAUAAAAAGAUGUGGAGUUUCAUGCACGAUACGUACACUCAACAACUUCGUUCACAGCAACAUUCAAAUAGCUCAGAUACUGUAAUGGCGAAUACAUAUGCUGAAGGAAUUGACAAAGUGCGCCGAAGCAAGGGACAGUAUGCAUUCCUGCUGGAAGAAACAGCCAAUGAAUAUGAAAAUACUCGGAAACCAUGUGAUACCAUGAAAGUUGGGGCUAAUUUAAAUUCCUUGGGAUAUGGAGUUGCCACUAAAAUUGGCAAUCCCCUGAGAGAAAGCAUUAAUUUCGCAAUAUUAUAUUUACAUGAAAAGGGUGAAUUGAAACGAUUAGAAAAUAAAUGGUGGUAUGAUCGAGGUCAAUGCGAUCAAGGAAUGUCGAUAUCAGCGAAAGGCGGUAAUAGUGCCAGUUUAACUCUUAGCAAAGUUGCCGGAAUAUUUUACAUUCUAUGUGGCGGUAUGAUACUAUCAAUGGCAACUGCUUUUCUCGAAUUUUUAUAUCGUUGCAAGGUAGAACGAUGUGAAGCUGCAAAAAAGAAUCUUUUACGACGAAAAACAUUGCGAGAUAGUACUGAUCAUGCACAAAAACGCUCAAGAUCUGCUGAAUUGUGA